AAUAACUAUAAAUAGUUAAAGUCAUCGUUUUGUUUAUUGCUAUCUUGAAGUAAUCCACUCACGGGUUUCUUGGACUUGUGAUCAACUACGUUACUUCUCUGGUGGUUUUCAUCAUCUUCAAUUUCAUCAGGAAUGGCAAGGAGCUACUUCAAACAAGAGCAUGAUCUUGUUUUCUUUCCAGAGAAGAGAAGAGCAGAGGCUGCUAGAAUUAGAGAAAAAUACCCAGACAGGAUCCCGGUUAUUGUGGAGAAGGCAGAAAGAAGUGACAUCCCAAGUAUUGACAAGAAAAAGUACCUUGUCCCUGCUGACUUGACUGUUGGACAGUUUGUCUACGUGAUCCGCAAAAGGAUCAAGCUAAGUGCAGAAAAGGCAAUCUUUAUAUUUGUGGACAACGUCCUUCCUCCUACAGGAGCAAUUAUGUCUGCCAUAUAUGAUGAGAAGAAGGACGAGGAUGGGUUUCUCUAUGUUACAUACAGUGGCGAGAAUACCUUUGGGGAUUUCAUUUCCAUUCAGGAGCCCUUAUAAAUUAACUGCUUAUGAUUUGGUCUCUCUGGUCUGUCAGAUAAAUUCGUUAUAGUACUUCUGUCAAGAAUCUUAUUCUCAAUGUUUUGUACAGUUGUAUAUAAAUUCCGUGAACUUGAUUAAUAUUAAAAGUUCUCCCAUUCAGUCUUUCAA